CUAUAAGUAGGCAAGACGCUGAGAGCGAGGAGUCGUCAUUUCCAUCACACCUCACCUCCUUCUCCACUGUUCGCUUUUCUGCUGCUUCGGGCUUUGGAUUUGGAGGUUAAAGAAUGGCUCGGAAGAAGAUCAGAGAGUAUGAUUCGAAGCGCUUGUUGAAAGAGCAUUUUAAGAGGCUCUCUGCUACAGAAUUAGGCAUUAAAUCGGCACAGAUUACAGAAUCAACUGAGUUCAAUGAGCUAGCAGAAAGAGAACCCUGGCUUUUAUCAGGAAAACUGGUUGUAAAGCCUGAUAUGUUGUUUGGAAAGCGUGGGAAGAGUGGAUUGGUGGCCUUAAAUCUAGAUUUGGCAGAAGUUGCUACCUUUGUGAAGGAGCGGCUUGGAAAAGAGGUAGAGAUGGGUGGAUGCAAGGGCCCUAUAACAACAUUCAUUGUUGAACCCUUUAUUCCACACAAUGAAGAAUUUUAUCUCAAUAUUGUCUCAGAGCGGCUUGGCUGUAGUAUAAGCUUUUCAGAGUGUGGGGGAAUUGAAAUUGAAGAAAACUGGGACAAGGUAAAGACCAUAUUUGUUCCAACUGGGGUGCCAUUCACAUCUGAAACAUGUGCUCCACUAAUUGCAACCCUACCACUAGAGAUCAAAGACAAACUUCAGGAGUUUAUCAAAGUGAUCUUUGCUCUAUUUUCAGAUCUGGACUUCACUUUCCUAGAGAUGAACCCUUUUACUUUGGUUGAUGGAAAGCCUUAUCCUUUGGAUAUGAGAGGGGAGCUGGAUGACACUGCUGCUUUCAAGAACUUUAAGAGGUGGGGUAAAAUUGAAUUCCCAAUGCCAUUUGGAAGAGUUAUGAGUCCUACAGAAAGCUUUAUUCAUGGGCUAGAUGAAAAGACUAGUGCAUCUUUGAAAUUCACAGUUCUGAACCCAAAAGGAAGAAUUUGGACUAUGGUAGCUGGUGGAGGUGCAAGUGUCAUCUAUGCUGAUACGGUUGGGGAUCUUGGCUAUGCUUCUGAGCUUGGGAAUUAUGCAGAAUAUAGUGGGGCCCCAAAUGAAGAGGAGGUUCUGCAAUAUGCCAGAGUCGUAAUUGAUUGUGCAACCGCAAAUCCUGAUGGACGAAAGAGAGCUCUUGUAAUUGGAGGAGGAAUAGCUAACUUUACCGAUGUUGCUGCUACAUUUAGUGGUAUAAUUCGAGCCCUGAAAGAAAAGGAGGCAAAGCUUAAAGCUGCAAGAAUGCAUAUAUUUGUGAGGAGAGGAGGUCCAAAUUAUCAGAAGGGUCUGGCAAAGAUGCGGACUCUUGGGGAGGAAAUUGGCAUUCCUCUCGAGGUUUAUGGACCCGAGGCAACAAUGACAGGCAUAUGCAAACAGGCAAUUGAAUGCAUCACUGCUGCCGCCGCUGCUGCGUAAAAAAUUAUAAGAAAUUAGAUUAGACGUCAUCUGCUUUUGCUGUUAUUCACGUUUCAAUGGAGAGUUUCUAAAUAAUAAAUUAGUUCUUAUCACCACUUUGUACUGUAUUAGAAAUCUCAAAAAGUUGUGUUCUUCCCUGUUUACGGCCUAUUCAUUCCGAAGAAUUGAGUUUGAACUUUGAUGUGCGAAACAAACAGUACUUCAAGGAGCCUAUUCAUCAAAUUAAUUCAUUAUGAGAUGAUCCAAUGAUCCAAACACAGGGCAGCUAAUGGACUUGGGAACAUCAGGAUCCACCUAAUGGAUCCAUUCCCAUUUACUAAAUUACCUGCUAGAAUCCUCUUAGAUGAUACGAGGCAUAUGGUGAUAAAACUUACUAUUACUUUGUAAUUGUGGGCCUUUUACAGAUGAAAUAAACCAUUAUUUUGUAGCA